AUGGGUGCAGAGUGCAGGAAGGUUUUAAGAAAUCUUAACCUAACUGAAGAAGAUUCCAAAGAUCCAGACAAAAUACUCCAGGCCUUAGAUGACCAGUUCCUUAAACAAAAUAAUAUCUUGUUUGAACGAUACAAAUUCUAUAAUGCUGUUCAACAACAGAACGAAAGUAUUGAGCAGUAUGUUGAUCGAUUGCGUUACCUAGUUCGAACGUGCAAGUUAGAAGCGGUAGAAGAUGACAUGAUAAGAGACCGACUAGUCUUAGGAGCAAAGGAUAGUGCUGCUCGAGCCAGAAUCUUCAGACAGAAAGAAAUUGCAUCCUUAAAGGAUUCCAUAGCAGUCCUAAAAAUAAGUGAAUCUACAAAACAACAGAUCCAAUCAAUGUCAGUAGAAGAUCAAAGCGCAGUAAAUUAUGUGAAGCACAAAAACAAGCAUAAUCCAAAAAAAUUCACUUAUCAAAAAGGUACGUCGUCAAAGCCUGUGAUCAAAAAUUGCCAAGCGUGUGGAAACACCCACGAACGACGCAAGUGCAAAGCCUAUGGAACAAAAUGCACAAAAUGCGGAAAAAUGAACCAUUUUCCGUCUGUGUGUAGAAAUACUAAGCAAGCCACACACAGCAAACAGAGACGUACACCUCGAACGCAUCAAGUUGAAGAAGAUGAAGAUUCAUCAUCAGAAUCAAACUUUCAUUUAGAGAGUGUAGAAGCUGUCAACAACAUUGGUGACAAGAAGCUGAUGUUAAUGCUCCAAGUAGAAACUUUAUCAGGUACAUCCGCAAAUAUUGAAUGCGAAAUAGACACAGGAGCAUCCUGCUGUAUAAUGUCUCAGGAUGACCUUGAUAAGAUAGAAAUGAACAUGAAAUUAAUGCAUUCCAGUACCAAACUGAAGAUGUACAAUGACCAAAAGGUAAAGGUGCAUGGUGAAGUAGAGCUAAAAUGCCUAUAUAAAGGAAAUGAAUACAAGCUUCCAUUCAAAAUAAUGCACACAACACAAGCACCAUUACUUUCUAGAGCUAAAGCACUAGAAAUGGGCUUAAUAACAGUGGCAGAAGACAUCCAUCAGACUACAGUUCAAGAUAGUAUCAAGAGCAUACUAGAUACAUAUAGCGAUGUUUUCGAAGGCCUUGGUUGCCUACCAGGUGAAUACGAGAUAACAAUAGAUGAAUCCAUACAACCAGUAAAAAACCAACCGAGAAGAGUUGCAGUUGCUAUUAAAGAUGAACUCAAAUGUAAACUACUAGACUUAGAACAAAGAGGUAUCAUUGAGAAGGUAACUGAACCUACGGAUUUGCUCAGUAGUAUGGUUGUUGUUAAAAAACCAGGAAAACUCAGGAUCUGUUUAGAUCCAAAACCACUGAACACAGCAAUAAAAAGAGCAAACUAUAUGAUGCCCACCGUUGAAGAUAUCUUACCAAAAUUAGCCAAAGCCAGAAUUUUCAGUGUCCUUGACGACAAGGAUGGAUUUUGGCAGGUUAAGCUAACAAAAAAAAGUAGUUUUUUAACUACAUUUGGAACACCAUUUGGGCGGUACAGAUACCACAGAAUGCCAUUUGGUAUAUCAACAGCACCUGAAGAAUUUCAGAGACGACAGCAUGAGAUAAGCGAAGAUUUACAUGGUGUUGCAGUCAUUGCUGAUGAUUAUCUAGUAUACGGAUGUGGAGAAACAGAUCAGGAAGCAAAGGACGACCAUAAUGCAAACCUAAGAGCAUUCCUAAAAAAGGCUAGACAAGUAAACUUAAAGCUAAACAGAAAGAAGGCCAGGAUGGGCUUCGACCAGAUCCAGAGAAAAUAA